AUGCGGCGGGAGGAGCGUCGUGGUUGGAGGCAAGCCUCGCUCGUUCCUCGCUUCCGCGCCAGGGCAGUCAUCUCCGCUGAGGACGUCAUCCACUCACCUGACAUCCCGGCCGGCGCGGCCACCGGCCAGGCGGACGAGGACUUCACCAUCUCCGUGCUCUCCGAGAGGCUCCUCCUGCUCGCGUACCACGCCGGGCUGGCCGUCUACGCCAUCCCCCCGCUCGAACGCGCGGAUCCCGAGGGCACGGAGGCCGCACGGGAGCCCUCGGUGCACGCCGUGCGCCCGCUCUGGAGCCGGGAGUGCGACGUCGGCGCGGGCAUCUACCGCAUCAGCCCCGCCACCUGGGGCACGCGGCCGCUUGUCGUUGCCGGACCGCACGCCCUCCACAUCCUCACCGUCCGCGGCGGGCACGGGGGCGACGCGGCACCUGAGCCAGCCAUAGCGCACCGCGAGGUCCCGUACCCGUUCUCGCUCGCUGCUGAGGUGGGGUGCAUGGGUCUGGGGGCAGUCGGGCUCCGACGGGCGAUAUGGGACUGCACCGAGGCGCGGAACGGGUCGAUGUACGUCCGGUUCCAGACAUAUUCCCUCCCGCUCAGCGUACUCGGGGUGCUCGACGGUGGGGAUGGAGAUGACGACAUUGACGGGCUGGAGCUCGGCCACGCGGGGAGACUGGGGUCGUUCAGCGUCGAGCUGGAUCCGGCGGAGCAUCUGGUGAACCUGUGUCUGGAGGAGAGCUCCGGAAGGGUAUGUUUGCUCUUGAAUAACAUUAUCACGGGCGCGCGGCGGAUCUCGAUCGUCGAUGCGGUGUGA